AUGGCGGGAACUGAAGGAUCGCAGGAAAUCAAUUGCACCUUCGAGUGGGAUGAAGAUUCUCAGCUCUACUACCAUGCCAGCACUGGAUUUUACCAUGACCCACAAGCGGGGUGGUAUUACAGCAGCGUAGAUGGGCUUUAUUACAAAUUCGAAAAUGGGAAUUAUGUGCGUCUUCAGUCCAAUCUGGAUCGGGAUCAAUCUGAAUUACAUAAUGCUAAUUGUGAAGGCGAAGUAUUGGGAGCUGAAAAGGAAGGAGCUGCACUUUCUGCUGAAUCUUCCCUAGAUCCGUCAAUAUGCAUCAGCAACGACCAAUCUGAGUAUCCACCUCCAGCGUCAGAAUGGCUGGAAGAUACUCUUAUUGAUAUGUACUUAUCGGGUUAUUCCGACCAAUCAACUCAUGCUGCUGCUUCUGACAUGGCAAUGUCUGUGGAAACUAAUGAUACAAAGCAGCUAAAUCUUCCAGCAGAUGGAGAUGAUGAAAUUCAAGAACUGGAAGAAGGCGAAUUGAUCCCUGACGAGCCUAAUUGUUUAACUGAUUUUAGCAGCACUAUAGCAGAUGAAGGUAUAUCUCUAGAAGAAGAGAAUUGGAGAGCUCAGUACGGUCAAGCUACUCAACCAAAUGAAGAGUGGAUAUCAGAUCUGCACAUGGUGGAUUUAUGGGACUGGGCAUUAAUUAAAGGGACCGGAAAAGAUGGAAAAGGUGAGGUGGCUAGGCUGGUUGGCCGACUAAAAAAGCGCUCUAGCAAGCUCCAUCCAUCUAUAUCUUCAGCUCGUGUGAAAACUGCUCCAGUGUGUGAAGUGUAUCUUGAUAUGGUACGGGUGACUUCAGGUCAGGUAUAUAGAUUGAGGAUUCCUAGCUCGCAAUACUUGGCAUCCUUGUUGGUUUAUGAUGCAUCCGAGCCGACCAAAGAUUGGGGCUUCCCACAAUUGUCAAUCGAUAAACAUAUGAAUAAGAUACCAAAAUAUCAUUCGAAGUCCGAAUCUAAAAGCUCGGAAGGUCUUGCUGUCCAAGAGGGCCAAUCUUUGUCCUCUGAGAAGCUCUGCUCAUCUGAAAAGGAUCAUGUGUACAGGGACAGAGCUGCCGAGAGGAGAGCUCUGCAUGGUGGCUUUGGUAUUGGUCCAGAACAAAAAACGUCACUUGACAGUACUGAUUCUCCAUCAUCUCUUAUUUCAUUACACCCUGAAGAAGCUGCAGUCGAGUCGUUAAGCAUUUCCUUCGGGGCAGGAAGUUAUGCCAGAAAAAUUCUUGAAAGCAUGGGCUGGAAGGAGGGGGAGGCACUUGGCCGUGGCACCAAUGGUUUGAUCGAACCAUUACAAGCAAUUGGAAACAAAGGAAAUGCUGGUUUGGGUUGGGAUGAUGGCAGAAACAAGUUAACGAUCAACAUGAUCUGGAGUCACACUGCAACUAUGGUUGGAACAAGUCAAUAG